UUGCGAGCAUCAUUUUGAACGAAACACGUUUAAAGUAAAGUGCGCCUCUUUGUAGAAUACGCCAAAAUAAUUAUUACGACGUGUCGUAAUUCUGUAGCGUAGUGCAAAUAAUUCGCGGAGUGUAUUAUGGCACAUAAACAGAUAUACUAUUCGGACAAGUAUACAGAUGAAAAAUAUGAAUAUAGGCAUGUCAUGCUACCAAAAGAAAUAGCCAAAUUAGUUCCAAAAACUCACUUAAUGUCAGAGACGGAGUGGCGAGGCAUUGGGGUACAGCAAAGUCAAGGUUGGAUACACUACAUGUUCCAUGAACCAGAGCCUCACAUACUGCUGUUUCGAAGACCUAGGACAGACCUAUGACAGUAGCGGCCAUCUACCCGUGACGUUUCUCUAUCCAAAGAGAAUGCACUGUAGGGACUUGUAAAUAGCGGUCUUGAUAUCUAUCUAGCAUUGAACCACACCAUUGGCUGGUAUACAGGAAGGAAGUCUUCAAAUAUCCUGCCAAUCUUAGGAUUUAUUGAUUCCUGUGGUACAUGCAUUUUUUAGUUAUAUAGUAUCAUCUGUUGUACCCUAACUUAUGAGAGUCGUAAUGUGGUGUUGGUCUGUAAGCCAGUAUUAUAAAUUUAGACUACAAAGCUUUUAGGCUGGCUUCCACAUAUCUGUAUGUGUCGCCAU